CUAAACCCUAGACUGCACGUAUAAAUGCGCCACGAGAAGUUAGGGCAAAGUUCACCACUGCCCCCUCCUCGCGCUUCAUCUCUCUUCUGUGCACUGCGACCGGCGAUUUAGACCCAGAGCAAGAUGCAGAACGAGGAGGGAACUGUCGUCGAUCUCUACGUCCCGAGAAAAUGUUCUGCGACGAAUCGGUUGAUCACUGCCAAGGAUCACGCUGCAGUGCAGAUCAACAUUGGGCACGUUGAUGAGAACGGGAUCUACACCGGCCAGUUCUCAACUUUUGCUCUAUCUGGCUUCAUCAGAGCUCAGGGAGAUGCUGACAGUGCCCUGGAUAGGCUCUGGAAUAAGAAAAAAGUUGAAGUUCGACAGCAGUAGACUAAUGUUAUGUUUUUCUUUGUCAGUUUGAGUCUGAACCCUGAGCUAUUUUGCCGAACAACUUGUUUUAUUUAGAGUUUCUACUUCGUUGUAUGUUUAAUCUCGUGAAUCUUUUUCGCAAUUGAGAUGGAUUUGAGACUGUCUUGGUCCUCUGUUCCCAGUUCAGAAGUUUUUUGCUUGAUUU